AUGAAAAAACUUUAUUUCGAAAAUCAGCCUCCAAAAAAAACCAAACGUAAUAGUACCUCAGUAGGUGGUACUGCUAAGGGCAGCAAAAAAAGUUCAGAGAAGAAAUUUGAAAAAGCUGAUUGGAAAGAGAAAUUUAACAAGAAACAAGCUGGAGUCUCAGACAUGACAUUGUUGAGUAAAGUUAACAAUGAUUCGAUUAAUGAGAAUUUGAAAAAAAGAUAUGAGAAUCAUGAGAUUUAUACAUAUAUUGGGCAUGUGCUUAUUAGCGUUAACCCAUUCAAAGACUUGGGUAUUUAUACAGAUCAAAUAUUGAAAAGUUACACUGGAAAAAAUAUGCUCGAAAUGCCACCUCAUGUAUAUGCAAUUGCUGAAUCAGCUUAUUAUAACAUGAACAGUUACAAAGAAAAUCAGUGUAUAAUUAUCAGUGGAGAAUCUGGCGCUGGAAAAACUGAGGCUGCAAAAAGAGUACGAAUUAUGCAAUAUAUUGCAACUGUGAGUGGUGGUGCAUCAUCUCAAAUUAAAGAGAUUAAAGACAUGGUUUUAGCUACAAAUCCUUUAUUGGAAAGUUUUGGCUGUGCUAAAACUCUUCGUAAUAAUAAUUCUAGUCGUCAUGGGAAAUAUUUAGAAAUUCAAUUUAAUUCUGGGGGGGAACCCGUUGGUGCUGUUAUCACUAAUUAUUUAUUAGAAAAGGGGCGAAUUGUUGGACAAAUUGAAAAUGAACGUAAUUUUCAUAUUUUUUAUCAAUUCACCAAAGCAGCUUCUCCCGAAUAUCAAGAACAAUUCGGAAUUCAGGGCCCUGAAAGUUAUUUGUAUACUAGUAAAAGUGGAUGCUUAGAUGUUGAUGGCAUCGAUGAUACUAAGGAUUAUUCUGAAACUUUAGAAGCGAUGAAUAUUAUUGGUCUGACACAAAGUGAACAAGAUAAUAUCUUUAGAAUGUUGGCAAUUAUUUUAUGGUUGGGAAAUGUACAAUUUGAUGAAGGUGAUGAUGGAAAUUCUGUUGUUAGCGAUGAAGAUGUCACAAAUUUUAUCGCAUAUAUAAUGGAAGUUGAUGGAGCCAUUCUUGCAAAAGUAUUGACUAAUCGUACUAUUGAGGCAUCCCGUGGUGGACGUCGGGGCUCAGUGUACGAUGUUCCUUUGAAUACAGUCCAGGCAUCAGCCGUACGUGACGCCCUUGCCAAAGCAAUAUACAAUAAUUUAUUUGAGUGGAUUGUGGAGCGUAUAAAUUCAGCCCUACGGUCCCGCACCACAGCAUCUCACGUUAUAGGAGUAUUAGAUAUUUAUGGCUUUGAAAUCUUUGAAGAAAAUAGUUUUGAGCAAUUAUGCAUUAAUUAUGUCAAUGAAAAACUCCAACAGAUUUUUAUUGAACUUACUUUAAGGACUGAACAAGAAGAGUAUGUUAAAGAAAAAAUUAAGUGGACUCCUAUUGAAUUUUUUGAUAAUAAAAUUGUAUGUGAUUUAAUUGAAGGGAAACGCCCACCUGGUAUAUUCGCGUCAUUAAAUGACGCUUGUGCUACUGCACAUGCUGACUCUGAGGCUGCUGAUAGUUCAUUUGUUCAAAGGUUGGGUUUCUUGAGUUCAAAUCCACAUUUUGAAUCUAGAGGUAGCAAAUUCUUGGUGAAACAUUAUGCUGGGGAUGUUUUAUAUACAAUAUCAGGUAUGACUGAUAAAAAUAAAGAUCAGUUAGUGAAAGAUUUAUUGGAAUUAAUCGAAAGUAGUGGAAAUGAAUUUGUGGGACGAUUGUUUCCAAAUAAAGUUGAUCGUGACAGUAAAAAAAGACCUCCUACUAUUGGUGACAAAAUUAAGUUAUCAGCAAACGCUUUAGUUAAUAAUUUAAUGCAAGCCCGCCCAUCAUAUAUUCGAACUAUAAAACCAAAUCAUAAUAAAAGUCCAUCAGAGUUUGAUCAAAAAAUAGUAUUACAUCAAAUAAAAUAUCUUGGGCUUAACGAAAAUAUUCGGGUAAGAAGAGCAGGAUUUGCUUAUAGGCAAACUUUUGAAAAGUUUUUGGAAAGGUUCUACUUGUUAUCAAGUAAAACAUCGUAUGCUGGUGAAUAUAUUUGGCAAGGCGAAUCGAAAACUGGAACAGAACGAGUUUUAAAAGAUUGUGGAAUUGCUACCGAAGAAUGGCAAAUGGGUGUCACCAAAGUUUUUAUUAGACAUCCAGAAACGAUUUGGGCACUUGAACACCUUAGAGAUCGAUAUUGGCAUAACAUGGCAUUAAGAAUUCAACGUGCCUAUCGUAGCUAUGUUCGUUAUAAAAAUGAAUGUGCAACGCGCAUACAACGAUGCUGGACAAAGAAUAAGGAUCAAAUCAUUUAUGUACAGUUACGUAAUGAUGGGCAUCAAAUAUUAGCGGAAAGAAAGGAAAGACGAAGGUUUAGUCUGUUAAGUAUGAGAAAGUUUAUGGGAGAUUAUUUAUUUGUCAGUGUACCUGGUGGCAGCGGCGAGGAAUUAAGGAAUACAUGCGACAUUGGAGCAGUAGCUUUCAGUAGUAAGAUUCAACUUCUUGUUGCCCGUUUUGGUCGGGCUAGUAAACCAAGUCCAAGAAUGUUAAUUUUGACCGACAAAGCUAUAUAUAUUGUUAUUUCAACACUUGAAAAGAAACUUCUGACAAUGAAUGUUGAAAGAAAAAUUCCUCUUGUUACAAUUAAAGGUGUUAGUUUAUCACAUUUACGAGAUGAUUGGGUGGUAUUACAUCUUAAUAAUCCAACGAAAGAAUUAGGAGAUUUAGCAUUUUCAUGCCUUUUCAAGACUGAAUUCGUAACGCACUUGUCACAACUUAAGGGAACACAAUUUCAAGUUGAUAUUUCAGAAUCAAUAGAAUAUACUAAAAAAAUAAACAAGACAGCUAAUAUUAAAUUUAUUAAAGACGAAACUGCUAAAGAUGAUGUAUAUAAAAGUCAUGCAGUUUAUGUAUGUUCUGGAGAACCACCAAAUAGUUUAUCAGAUCCGCCUUGUCCAAGAAAAGAGCCAUCUCUAGUUACUUCAGGAAAACAGCAAAAAAAGACUGUUAGACCUACAAAAACUAAAGUAUCAAAAGCACCAGUUUCGAAUGUCACAAAAACUUCGCAAGCCGCAAAUGCAAAUAAAUCUUCAACAACGCAAUUUACGAUUUUGCAACUGAUGACUCUGGAGAAUUAUCAUUUAAAAAAGGAGACGUGCUAG